AUGUGCAAGCAACAACGUGAGCAACAGCAACAAGAAGCAAUAACUUUACUGCGUAACCGUCUGGGUACCCUGACUAUACAAAACUCCGGAAGUUUAUUUUCCGAAAAUGAAGUCAGCUCUUGCACGUCUGAAUCGUCCUCAAUCUCAAGCAUUUCAACUUGUGCAGCUCACUGUAACUCAAUAUGCGAGAAUGGACACGAUUCAAGCCAAACAUGGAAUCAUGAAAAUGAAGAAAACGAGUUUACUGCAAAUUCUUUGGUUAUGCAGCCUUGGAGUCCAAUGACAACAGCAGUGCUGGUACUGGAUGUGCAAAAUUACUUUGUGUUACCGCAGGGUUACGGACGUACACGACAAGACACGAGGACAGAGUAUUUCCCCCGCGUUAAGGACUUUUACGACCGCGUUGAUAAUGUCUUACUUCCGACUUUACAAGAUGUACUUCUCGCUAGUCGCUCAGUUGGGGGCAUGGAAGUCUUUUAUUCAAUUGUAGAGAACGCAACCCACGAUGGUCGCGAGAGAUCGCUAGCUCAUAAACAUGCUGGGAUUCAUGUGCCAAAACAUGGUUUUGGGGCGCAAGUGCCUUUUCAGAUUGCACCUCAAGAUAGUGACAUGGUGUUACCCCGCACAGGGAUCAAUGUAUUUACUGCCACAAAUCUCGACUAUAUUUUGCGAAACUUGAUGAGUGCAGUCGACAGAGGAUACCAAGUCACUGUGAUAAAAGAAGCGCUUUUUUUGUUUGAAAAAAGUAUGAAAGAGGACUCAAUAAUGUGCAGUCUUUUAUCUAAAUUGUCAAAUAAUGGACAUUUGUUACGAAGGACCAAGAAAGUUAGCAGACAAAAAGGUGGUCGUUGA